CCACAGCUAUUUCAUAUUAUCUACGGGUCAACCUUUAGCCCAAACUUAAAUAAAGUCUGUUUAGCUUUGUGAGUCAAACCAAAUAAACCUAAAUCAGAUAAAACAAUCAUUUUGUGUCCUCUGGGUGUUGACAACCAUCGGGCUGCAGAUUAAAAGCACGUAGCCUCGAGACCGUAAACUUUGAGAACUUUCCACCAGGCCUUUUUUUAAAACGCCACAACGUGUAAUUUUUUAGGCGGACAAGUUUAUUCUCCAUCCAUCAAAGCUAUUUAAAGUAAAGGAAAGCAAAUCUUCGCUCCUCAACCUACAAUCCUCAGCCACAGUUGAACCAAUAGCAGGACGAAGGGGACCUCUGUAGCCAAUGACAAAGUAGUGUGAGUGCGCACGCCUUUGGACGACGACGACGAGGACGAGGACGACCAUGGACCGGAGUAGUGUCCUUUUCGGUGUUCCAAACUUUUAGCAUUUAGUUUCCCCGCGGACAAAACGGAGUGAGGUUGGGGGAGUUGCUCUGAGAGUAAUGGGGGAGAUAGAGGGCUCAUACCGGGUCCUGCAGACCCCUGGCACAAGGCUGGGAGCCCAGUUCAAUGCUGGUAUCAGCACUUUGGAGCCGGGCCAGAGCCUCAGUGGCAACAUGAUCAGCGGGAGCAAAAGCCAGGGGCGAGGACUAGAAAUCCGUGUGCAGGGGUUGGACGACUCCCAGGAGUUCUUCGAUAUGGAUCCAAAAGCUCUUGGACAGGCCCUCCUGUCUGAGGUUUUCCACAGAGGCAACCUCAUAGAGAGUGAUUACUUUGGCCUGGAGUUUCAGAAUAUGCAGAUGAACUGGGUUUGGCUGGAACCCACAAAACCCAUUGUUAAACAAGUCAGAAGACCACCAAAUACCCUGUUUAGAUUGUCAGUGAAAUUCUUUCCUCCAGACCCCGGUCAGCUGCAGGAGGAGUACACGAGGUACUUAUUCUCCCUGCAGAUGAAAAGAGAUCUGAUGGAGGGCAGGUUGAUCUGCACAGAAAAUACCGGAGCCCUGCUGGCCUCUCACCUUGUCCAGUCGGAGAUUGGCGACUAUGACGAUGUAGCAGACAGAGACUUCCUGAGGAUGAACAAGCUGUUGCCUUACCAAGAGAAGGUGGAAGAGAGAAUCAUGGAGCUCCACCGCAAGCACCUGGGCCAGACUCCAGCUGAAUCAGAUUUCCAGAUCCUUGAGAUUGCCCGUAAACUGGAGAUGUAUGGCGUCCGUUUCCACCCAGCAGCUGACCGUGAAGGCACCAAGAUCAAUCUGGCUGUUGCUCAUAUGGGCCUUCAGGUUUUUCAGGGCAACACAAAAAUAAAUACCUUCAAUUGGUCCAAGAUUCGCAAACUGAGCUUCAAAAGAAAACGGUUCCUGAUCAAGCUCCACCUAGAGGCUCAUGGGCCCCAUCAGGACACUCUGGAGUUUAUGAUGGCCAGUCGAGACCAAUGUAAGAUCUUUUGGAAGAUCUGUGUGGAAUAUCACUCAUUUUUCCGUUUGUUUGACCAACCCCAACCCAAAACCAAAGCUAUCCUCUUCACUAGAGGCUCUUCCUUCAGAUACAGUGGAAGGACCCAGAAGCAACUUGUGGAGUACGUCAGGGAAAACGGAGCAAAGAGAACGCCAUACCAGAGGAGGAACAGUAAAAUACGAAUGUCUGCUCGCUCCCUAGCAACAGAUGUGCCAAAACAGAGCUUGUCAUUCAAUGACAGUCUCAGAGCCCCAGGCUCCCCUUCUUCUGCUACAGUGUCCUUUCACCCAGCGCACAUCUCUAAUGUCCUACCACGAACAGAACUCCAACCUCAGCCCCAGUCUUUGCCCACACAGAGCCAUUCUCCAGCAUCUCCCCAGCAGCAUCAGUACCAGCACCAGCAGCAGCAGCAGCUUCAGUCCCCUCUGCAAGCUACCAGACCCACCGGCCCACCAGAGGAAGAAUCUGUCAAGGCUGCUUCCCCAUCCCACUACGCUUUUCAAGAUUCGGUUGUGGGCAGCCCUCAGCUCUCACCCUUCAGCUCCAAGGGUCCCCUCUGCCUGUCGCCCUCCUUCCAGAUGUCAACCCUCAGCCUGCCAGGCCAGGCCCCGUCGCCCCUGCAAAGCCCCAUCCUGAGUGAGGUGGGCAGCAAUGCCAGGCUAGAGGAGGAGGAGGAGGGCAGGAGGAAGCGAUAUCCUACUGACAAGGCCUACUUCAUUGCCAAAGAGAUUCUGACCACAGAGCGAACGUACCUAAAAGACCUUGAGGUCAUCACUGUGUGGUUCCGCAGCGCUGUGAUCAAAGAAAACGCCAUGCCCGAAGGCCUGAUGACCCUCCUCUUCUCCAACAUCGACCCCAUCUAUGAGUUCCACCGAGGCUUCCUCAAGGAGUUAGACCAGAGGCUGGCUCUCUGGGAGGGACGCUCUAAUGCUCACGUCAAAGGCGACUACCAGAGGAUUGGUGAUGUGAUGCUGAGGAACAUGUGCGCUCUCAAGGAGUUCACCAGCUACCUACAGAAGCACGAUGAGGUUUUGACGGAGUUGGAGAAAGCCACCAAGAGACUGAAGAAGCUGGAGACGGUCUACAAAGAGUUUGAGCUGCAGAAGGUCUGCUACCUGCCCCUCAAUACAUUCCUGCUCAAGCCCAUCCAGCGCCUCAUGCACUACAAACUCAUCCUGGAGAGACUGUGCAAGCAUUACUCCCCUGCACACCGGGAUCAUGACGACUGCAAGGAGGCUCUGAAGGAAGUGGCGGAGAUUGCCACUCAGCUGCAGAGUAGUCUGAUCCGGCUGGAGAAUUUCCAGAAGCUGACAGAGCUGCAGAGGGACUUGAUUGGUAUAGAGAACUUGACAGCACCAGGCAGGGAGUUCAUACGAGAAGGGUGUCUGUACAAGCUCACCAAGAAAGGGCUGCAGCAAAGAAUGUUUUUCCUGUUCUCAGACAUGCUCCUCUACACGAGUAAAGGCGUUACAGCAACCAACCAGUUCAAAGUGCAUGGCCAGCUGCCCCUUCAUGGCAUGAUAGUUGAGGAAAGUGAAAACGAGUGGUCAGUCCCCCACUGCUUCACCAUCUACUCUGCUCAGAGAACCAUUGUCGUGGCUGCCAGCUCUAAAGUGGAGAUGGGGAAGUGGAUUGAGGAUCUGAACCUGGCUAUUGACAUGGCCAAGAAGUCUCAAGAAAAAUCCAGCAUCUUCCUUGAUGCCGAGCUCAGCGAUCGUUCCAACCUCUUCGGCUCUCCGGCUGUCUCUCCAGAGCUCCCUCCUCGCUAUCUCCUUGGUCAAGGCCAAAGACCAAACACCAUCACACACGUUUGCUGGUACCGAAACCAGAACCUCUCUCUCACUGAUUACCUGCGCAUGAAUCAGAACCAGCUCUCAGGUUACCUCCUGAGGAAGUUCAAGAACAGCAACGGGUGGCAGAAACUCUGGGUUGUGUUCACCAACUUCUGCUUGUUCUUCUACAAGACUCACCAGGAUGACUUCCCUCUGGCCAGUCUCCCCCUGCUGGGCUACACAGUCAGCACCCCCGAGGAGUCUGACAGCAUUCACAAGGAGUACGUCUUCAAACUGCAGUUCAAGUCCCACGUUUACUUUUUCCGAGCAGAAAGCGAGUACACCUUCGAAAGAUGGAUGGAGGUGAUUAAGAGUGCAGCCAGCACUACGGGCCGGAUGAGCCUGCUCAUACCUAAAGGAGGUCCCAUGGAGAUAAACGGAAAAUGAAUCAUCGUGCGUCUGGAGGCUGGGCCUCUGGGACAUCAGAUAAACUCAAUUCAGUUUCCUCAGAAUCGGUGUCAAUUUACAGUGAGAUAAACAUUUGGACAUUAACAACUGGAGACUGACAGACACUGCCAGUUUGAAAGUGUUAACACUUCUCAGCUUACUUCUCUAAUGGUCUGUGCAUUUUUCUCGAUUAAUGAUGUAAAUGAUAACAUUUGCUCCAGUAUACAGGAUAUAAUGAAAGGGAGACAUGUACAUUAUGAUCAGUUUUGUUUUUUUUGUUUUUGUUUGUUUUUUGCAUGUGUAGCGUUCAAUUGGGCUGUUCAUAUAUGACUGAUACUAUGGGAUAUACUGUUUUAUGGGACCAAAUCCAACACAAAGGGCCUAGAUUCGGGCUUUCUGAAGGACUUGUCUCUUCAGCACAUGACACCUGAAGCUUUGUUGGGUACAGCACUGUGCUAUGGGAAGCGGAUGAUACACAGUAUGUGGAAAAUGAAGGAACAGGAUAGUAUGUGCUCUCACUUUGAGAGAGCCAGAGGUAGGUAGGUGUGUGUGUGCAUGCGUGCGUGUGUGAGAUGGAGGCGAGCAGAAAGUUCAUGAAAUGUUGAAACAAGUUUGACUAAGCCGUUUAAUUUUGGAAGAUACAUGGGAAGUUUUGAGGAAAUCAUGCUGCUGUUAGGACAAAGAAAACACACCUUUAGGCUACAGGCAUUUGACAAGGCGAACGUUUCGCAGGGUUUUAAGCAUCAACCUGUAUAAACUAUGGUAUAAGCAGUACUUAUCUCUAAAACUCAGGCCAGUCCAGUCUGGAGGCUUUAUUUGCCUGUUAAUGGAAGGAUGUAACAGAUGUUUAAAACGCUCAAAAGGGAGCUGUUCAGCUUAAUACUCCUGAUUAGUUGGGAAGCGGUAUUUCCAGUUUGGUGCUACUUUAAUAUCAGAUGUUAUAUUUUAUCCUGUUAUGAUUUUGCAUAGGGAUAACAACUCGAGGAAAUACUGUGCAGUGGUUACUUUAGUGUUUACUCUGUGGAAAAGCGAUUUUCCCUCUUGAAACAAACCGGAAGAACAUAUUUUGAAAUAAUUGUACUUGGUGGUUAGUCUUUCUGUGUGUCAGGCUGUUUGGACAAAUGGGAGCGGACCUAUGGGAGACACCAGUGACGUUCCCUGUCAGUUAUUCAUGCAACCACGGUAUUAUUUGGUAUAUAUUUUUUGUGAAGACUGGAACAUUUACUCUCUGUGUGUGCGCGUGUGCGUGCGUUAGUGUGUGUGUGUGUGUGUGUGGUUGUGUGUGGGCGCGCGCGCAGAGAAGCCAACUGUGUAGUCCUACGUUCACCUCUCCUGCCUCUGGAGCUGUAACAGACGGUGAUGAUAGAGGGCGUCUCCCAGCCAUCUGACAUUCUGUGUGUGUAAGAGACCCUGUUGCACAGUUAACAUUGAGUAUGUUACUUGUAUUUAUUGUUUAGCAUGUCAUCAGGGGCCACGCUCCUGAAGGCCCUCGUGUAGUCUUUCAUGUUAUUCCAUUGAAAACCUAACAAAUAAAAAAUCCUUUCAGUCAGA